AUGUCUCACCUCCGCCAAAUAAUCCUCCGCAAUCUUACUCCCUCCUUCGCCCUCACCGUCCGCCGUUACUUCUGCCGCUUCCCUGCUCGUUUAAUCUCCGCGACCCGCCGUUGCUCGCCUUAUCUCCCCGCCAAACAAUCCCACCUAACCUUACUUCCUCCCUCAGGCUUUUCUACCACUUCUUCCCCUGUUCUCUGUAGAACACAAACUACCGCUCCUCACUCCCCACAAAUCCAAAGCUCCAACCCAUAUUCCCACUUCGUCAAAACCACUGACGAAAUACAAAUCUCUCCACCGCCGGGCUCUGUUCCCGCCACUUCCCUCCCGCUCACAUUCUUCGACAUAACAUUUCUUGGCGUUAAACCCAUCCAACGAGUCUUCUUCUACAAUAUCCCAAACUGCAACGUUCCCCACUUCCGCCAAACAAUCCUCCCCAAUCUAACUUCCUCCCUCUCCCUCGCCCUCCGUUACUUCUACCCUUUUGCUGCUCGCCUCGUCUCCCCGUCCCGACCCGGAAAGCCCUACAUCCGCUACUCCGAUGGCGACUCUGUUUCCCUCACCGUCGCCGAGACCGCUCUCGACUUCGACCAAGUCUCCACCGACCUCCCAAACGACGCCGCCUUGCUCCACACUCUUCUCCCCAAACUCCCUCCCGCCGAAUCAAAGCCUGACGACGACGGCGCAAUCGUGGCACCGCUUCUCGCCGUGAAGAUCACUCUGUUCCCGGACUCUGGCGUCUGCAUCGGGUUCGAGUUUCUCCACGUGGCAGCCGACGGGUUGGCUUUCAGCAAUUUCGUGAAAUCCUGGGCUUCGAUUUGCAGGUCCGGGGGCGAGGACUCGAGCUGGGUCGAAAACUCGCCGCCGUGCCUCGACCGAUCGUUGAUCCACGACCCGAGAAAUCUGAAGGACAUUUUCACCGAACAAGUGUGGAAUUUUGCGGAGGCUUGGCAGGACGACUCGAUCCUAUGUAAACAUUCGGGUAAGGUCCGUGCGACGUUCGCGAUUGACAGAGAAGAUAUAUCCAGGCUGAAAGCCACUGUGAAUCGCGACAAUUUCGGCGACGGCAAACAGCUUCCACCGGCCUCGGCAUUUGCAGUGACGAGCGCUUUGAUAUGGACCAAUUUGAUGAAAUCCCUAGAUCUCGUAGAAGAAAAAGCAGGGGAGGACGGCGGCGGCGGCGAGAAAAUCGACAGCAACGUGAUUGUGGCAGAUUUCCGCGGCCGUCUCGACCCCCCGCUCCCGGCGACCUACUUCGGCAACUGUGUCGGGGUAAAGAUAGUGUCGGUGAAGCGGAGACAACUGCUGGGAGACGACGGCUUCGUGGUGGCGGCGAAGGCGAUCACGGCGGGGGUUCAGGGGCUCGGAGAGGAGGCGUUGGAAGAUGCGGAGAAAUGGAUAACGGGAUUUGGGGAAGCUUUCAAAUUUGGGAAAGUUGUGACGGUUGCCGGAUCGCCGAGGAUGCGGGUUUACGAGUCGGAUUUCGGGUGGGGGAGGCCGAGGAAGGUGGAGCCGGUGCAGAUUGACACGUCCGACACGGUUUACAUCUCCGAUGCGAGAGAUGAGGAAAGGGGCGGGCUUGAGUUCGGGUUGGUGCUGAGAAAGGAUGAGAUGGACACAUUUGUGACUUUGUUUGAGAAACUUUUGAACCAACUACGUCAGGUUGAUUGA